AACUCCAGCGCUGUUCAUUCGGGGACAGAAAAACCUAAAGAAAAGCGAUGUAAGCAGAAUCCAUCAGAAACCACAAGUUCCCUGAUUUCAAAUCCUUUCUAGCUUUUACAAAAACCUUACACCUGUGGAGCUUGUGGAAUCCAGUUCCAGUUUUAUAACAAUCUCCUGGAGCACAUGCAGUCCCACGCAGCUGACAAUGAAAACAAUAUCGCCUCUAGCCAGCCCAGAUCACCUCUAGCUGUUGUUGAAGAAAAGUGGAAACCACAGCUCCAAAGAAACAAUGCCAACAAUACAUCCGCGAGUGGUUCGGUAGGCAACAGCGCGAUCCCAGAGAAGGAGCGGCAGAACAUUGCCGAGAGGCUCCUGAGGGUGAUGUGCACUGACCUGGGGGCUCUGAGUGUGGUGAGCGGGAAGGAAUUCAUCAAGCUAGCACAGACCCUGGUGGACAGCGGAGCUCGCUAUGGUGCCUUCUCAGUCACCGAAAUCCUGGGCAAUUUCAACACGCUGGCUCUGAAGCAUUUGCCUCGGAUGUACAACCAAGUGAAAGUCAAAGUCACCUGCGCCCUGGGCAGCAACGCGUGCCUUGGCAUAGGUGUCACUUGCCACUCUCAGAGCAUCGGUCCUGAUUCUUGCUACAUCUUGACAGCUUAUCAGGUGGAAGGCAACCACAUCAAGAGCUACGUCCUGGGAAUUAAAGGUGUAGAUAUUCGAGAUAACGGUGAUUUUAUCCACCAUUGGGUGCAGAACGUGCUCUCAGAGUUUGUGAUGUCAGAGAUCAGGACGGUGUACGUCACAGACUGCAAAGUCAAUUCCUCUGCGUUCUCCAAGGCAGGCAUGUGCUUGCGGUGUUCGGCCUGUGCCUUGAACUCAGUAGUGCAGAGUGUGCUGAAUAAGCGAACACUACAGGCUCGCAAUAUGCACGAAGUAAUCGAGCUCCUGAAUGUCUGUGAAGAUUUGGCAGGAUCCACAGGCCUCUCAAAGGAGACCUUUGGCUCCCUGGAAGAGACCUCGCCCCCUCCCUGCUGGAACUCAGUGACCGACUCCCUCCUGCUCGUCCAUGAGCGCUACGAGCAGAUCUGUGAGUUUUACAGCAGGGCCAAGAAGAUGAACCUCAUCCAAAACCUGAACAAGCAUCUGCUCAGCAACCUUGCAGCCAUUUUGGCUCCGGUGAAGCAGGCGGUGAUUGAAUUGAGCAACGAGAGCCGGCCCACCUUGCAGCUCGUACUGCCCACCUACGUCAAACUGGAGAAACUGUUCACUUCCAAAGCCAAUGACGCUGGCGUAGUCAGCAAACUCUGCCACCUCUUCUUGGAAGCGCUGAAGGAGAACUUCAAAGUCCAUUCGGCACACAAGGUAGCCAUGAUCUUAGACCCCCAGCAGAAGCUGCGGCCCGUCCCGCCAUACCAGCAUGAAGAGAUAAUUGGCAAGGUCUGUGAGUUGAUCAAUGAGGUGAAAGAGUCCUGGGCAGAAGAAACAGAAUUUGAACCAUCAACCAAGAAAGCGCGGGCAGCAGGGGAAACCACAGCAGCUCAGGAAGAAGAUUGGUUUGGGAAAAAUGAAGUUUAUGAUUAUUUACAAGAACCUCUCUUCCAGACCACCCCUGACCUGUUUCAGUACUGGUCGUGUGUUACCCAAAAGCAUACAAAACUAGCCAAGCUAGCCUUUUGGCUCUUAGCAGUGCCUGCUGUUGGUGCCAGAAGUGAAUGUGUAAAUAUGUGUGAGCAGGCUCUCUUAAUCAAAAGGAGACGGCUACUCAGUCCAGAAGACAUGAACAAACUCAUGUUUUUGAAGUCCAACAUGCUUUAAGACUCACUUUUAAUUAAAACAAAACUUUAAAACACUGUUCCAAACAAAGAAAAAGAAUUUUAAGUUCUAAACACUGUGGACCUCAUUAUGAAUGCCCCUGGAAACCAAGUGCUUUUUUAUAUAUAUAAAAAAAUAUAAAUAUAUAUAAAAUUAAGUUUGAAAGGAAAGCUGAGCACGUGAGAGAGACAGCCCUCUGCCAGGAACGUGCUCCUUUCCAUAGAUAGUGUGUGGACUUGACAGACUUUCUAAUGUUUUCAAGUGGGCAGACCAGUGGGAGGCUGAUGUUCUAAAGUCUUCAGGCAGCUGAGAUCUAAAGUGACUUGAAGUUUCUUUUGUUUCUCCUCCACCCCACCUUUUUCCUCUUGUUCCCUGGGCCAUCUUGCCAUGGAUAAUCAGACUACAUUGAACAGACCAGUUCUGCACUGGACUUUGCUCCUUUGAAUAACUGUACACCUUGAGGGCAUUUGUCUUCAGCCUUCUUGACAUACGGUGCAUGUUGUCAGGGCAGCUGUGUUUUACGAACACCAGUAUCUUUAGAAAUCAGGAAGGGAGACUUCAAGGAUUUAUUUUAUUUUAUUUUAAUUUUAACUUUUUCAUUUAAGGAUUUCCCAGACAACAAAAGUUACUCUUCUGUCUCCACUCCC